UCUCUCUCUUCUCUCUCUCUCUCCAUCUCUCUCUCCCCCUCUCUCUCUCCCCCUCUCUCUCUCUCUCUCUCUCUCUCUCUCUCUCUCUCUCUCUCUCUCUCUCUCUCUCUCUCUCUCUCUCUCUCUCCCUCUCUCUCUCCCCCUCUCUCUCUCUCUCCCCCCCCCUCCCCCCCCAGCUCCGGGGCCCUCCUUGGCGGAACAGGAGGGCACCCUCCUGAAGAACCUCUUUAAGGGCUACCAGAAGUGGGUGCGGCCGGUGCUGCACGCCAACGACACCAUCACCGUGCGCUUCGGCCUCAAGAUCUCCCAGCUGGUGGACGUGGAUGAGAAGAACCAGCUAAUGACCACUAACGUCUGGCUCUGGCAGGAGUGGGUGGAUGUGAAGCUGCGUUGGAACCCCGAUGACUACGGGGGGGUCACGACCAUCAGAGUGCCAUCGGAGAGCCUCUGGCUGCCUGACAUCGUGCUCUACGAGAAUGCGGACGGCCGCUUCGUGGGCUCCCUGAUGACCAAGGCCAUGGUGCGCUCCGACGGCACCAUCACCUGGAAGCCGCCGGCCAGCUACAAGUCGUCCUGCACCAUGGACGUCACCUUCUUCCCCUUCGACCGGCAGAACUGCUCCAUGAAGUUCGGCUCGUGGACGUACGACGGCAACAUGGUGGACCUGGAGCUGGUGGACGACUACGUGGACCGCAAGGACUUCUUCGACAACGGCGAGUGGCAGAUCCUGAACGCCACGGGGAAGAAGGGGAGCCGGCGCGACGGCGUGUACUGGUACCCCUUCGUCACCUACAACUUCAUCAUGAAGCGCCUGCCCCUCUUCUACACGCUCUUCCUCAUCAUCCCCUGCCUGGGGCUGUCCUUCCUCACCGUGCUGGUGUUCUACCUGCCGUCGGACGAGGGCGAGAAGCUGUCGCUGUCCACCUCCGUGCUGGUGUCGCUCACCGUGUUCCUGCUCGUCAUAGAGGAGAUCAUCCCCUCGUCCUCCAAGGUCAUCCCGUUGAUCGGGGAGUACCUCCUCUUCAUCAUGAUCUUCGUCACCUUCUCCAUCAUCGUCACGGUCUUCGUCAUCAACGUGCACCACCGCUCCUCGGCCACCUACCACCCCAUGGCCCCCUGGGUGAAGACCCUCUUCCUUCAGAGGCUCCCCAGGAUGCUGUGUAUGCGGGGCCACACCGACAGGUUCCACUACUCGGAGUUCGAGCAGCAGAACCCGGAGCCCAAGCCCCGCGGGGGUCUGGGCAUGAAGCAGAGGGGCCCGGACGGCAAGGAAGAGGAGAGCCAGGCGUGGCUGUCCAUGCUGGAGAAGGCCACCAACUCGGUGCGCUACAUCAGCCGGCACAUCAAGAAGGAGCACUUUAUCAGAGAGGUGGUCCAAGACUGGAAGUUUGUGGCUCAGGUCCUGGAUCGUAUCUUCCUCUGGGUGUUCCUGUCCGUCUCCAUCCUUGGGACCAUCCUCAUCUUCACCCCGGCGCUCACCUUGUACUUCAGCACCCCCCCCUGAGCCUGCACACACACACACACACACAGCAAGGCUACAACGCCACACACACACACACUCGCACAAAACCAAAUGCAUUGAAUUAAAAGACCACACACACACGUCCUGAUUUCGCCGAGUCCGACGCAGCCCUGACUGAGCGAGUCCCCGGUCAACGAGAGCCAAACCUGGGGAGCGAUGGUGAGAGGCUGGUGGGGGAGGUGUUCACCGUGAGGGAGGUGAAUACCUGGGCUGACCUCUGCCCCCCCAAACACUCCCCCCUACACACCAGACACCCCCGCCAAACACGCCCGUACGUUGUGCUCCGAACCCAGUGUAUCACUGAGAUCAACGGUCCCUGCAGGGAC